CAAACAUAUAUACGUUUAAACGGAUAUAUAUAACUACAUAUACACACCUGUAUAUAUUGCUGUCCAUCCAUACACGGAAGUUUACAUACACACACAGACGCAAACACAUUAUACACACACACACACACACACACAUAUAUAUAUAUAUAUACACAUACGGAUAGACAGACAUUACAAGACGAAUACUGAAUGAAAUAAAGACACAAAAUUUUUAAGAAACCCCAGAAAACCUCAGAAAACCAAGACUAACUACAGGUAGACACAGACAGAAAGACGGGGUCAAACAGACGUAUGUGUACACAGAUUAAAAAAUAUAUACAGACGAACAGACAGAGGGACAAGCUGAGAGAUGUGCAAUGGAAAAGAUAGAAAGAUAAAGUGAGAAACGUAUCAGUGAGAGAGAGAGAGAGAAAAAGAGAAAGAGAGAGAGUAGUACUAAAACAGUCAGACUGACUGACAGACACACAAAAAGCGUGUGACGGUGAGGACACAUGUCGCUGGAGUUACCAGUGUAUGGUUUGAUCUGGGGACCGUGGUGUCACACCCUAGCAUGGCUGUUAUGGACUUUACAGUUGAUUCUAUCCACCAGCUGGGUGUCUGCUGCUUCAGGUCGUUCCCGGAUUAAUCAGUACCAUGGAGUGGAGCGACGGUUAUUCGCACAACUAUUUGACAAUUAUAACUCACUUUCCCGUCCUGUCCGAAAUGCAAGUUCAACUGUUAGUGUAGAUUUCGGACUUUCUCUCAAUCAGAUUUUAGACUUGGACGAGAAAAACCAAGUUCUAACAACAGCGGUAUGGAUUUAUGAGGAAUGGAUUGACGAAAAUCUGAAAUGGGAACCUGAAGUAUACCAGGGUUUAAAUAUGAUUGUAGUUCCUUCGGAACUCUUAUGGGUACCGGACAUAUUUAUUUUUAACACGGCGUCAGAAAACAAUGCUGGUUAUGUGAAUGUGACUGGAAGUAAGAUUAUGAUCAAGCCGUCAGGAAGAGUACGUUGGAUGGUGCCACUAAUGAUAAAAUCUUCAUGCUCUGUAGAUGUUACCUAUUUUCCGUACGAUAGUCAACAAUGUACAGUGCGCUUCGGGUCAUGGGUUUAUGAUGGAGAGCAACUAAACCUCUUCAACGAACCCAGUAAGCCGGAUCUAUCAAAAUACGUUGAGAACAGUGAAUUUGUACUGCUGAACGUCAGUCUUUCUCGCGUUGCAGCCGACAGUGAUUGUUGUCCUGGAGACGGAUGGCACCCCAUGAUUCAUUUCACAAUUGAGAUCGACCGGAAGUCUUUGUACUAUGAUUAUAUUGUAAUCGCACCAACUCUGAUGUUGUGUGUGAUGACUUUAGCUUCAUUCCUGCUUCCCUGUCAUUGUGGAGAAAAAAUUGCCAUAGGACUUACUGUUUUUCUUACGCUUUAUGUACUCGAAUUACUUGUCGCUAAGAACACACCUGAUUCUAAUGCAACACCUAUCCUAGGAGUUUUCCUUAUCUUGGUGAUGACGUUGAAUUGUGUUUCACUGAUCAUGGCGACCGUUGUGAUGAACAUUCGCAAACAUGCUGACGAGAAGCUAUGUCCAAAAGUACCGCCCUGUCUGCUAUGGAUGUGCAAAAAAUGCCUGAGUAAGUUCACCAUCACCAGACUUCGAGACUGGCAGCACCCAAUCGUGUCUUGUGAAGAGAUGCGAGGAUCAAGAAUGUUAGCCACAUCGCUUAGUGACCUCUUGGAAAUGAGUGAAGCAAACACGACGGAUUUCCCUACAUGCAAAGAAUUAACAAAAAAUACCCAAGAUGGUGAAUCGCAACAAAGCCAUACAAUUUGUUGCCAUCCGAGCAACUACAGAUCCAGUUACGACACGGACAGUGUGACCAAUAUGGGAAUUGUGUCGCUGACUCGGCGAAAAUAUGAAUGGUACUUCUGUGCAGAGGUCGUGGACAAGUUUUCGUUUUUUAUAUAUGGAGUUAUAAUGGGAGUAACAAUUCUAACUAGUCUUGUCAUUGUUCCCUAUACACAGUCACGUAGCUACAAGGGAUAGGUUUCUAAGAAUAUUCAAAAACUCCCCGGACCCAGUCAAAAUCUAAAGCAAAAAUGCACAAGCCAUAUUUAAAAUGCAUGUCAAAUGCAUGUUGUCUGAAAGCAAAAGCAUGUGUACAGCUGUCAAUGCAUGUGUGUGUGAUAG